CAUUGUAGGGGCCUGGGAGCGCAGCUGCGCAUGCGUUCUCCCUCCUGUCUCCCGCCCCCCACCACACACCUGCUGAGACAGGGGGAGAGCGUCUUUUCCUCUGUCCUGUCAGAGCUGCGGCAGGUUCGGGUCGAGCACUCCAGCCUUUCCCAGGACCAAGGGCCUGCUGUCCACAUUCCUCCUCUGAGCUGCCCACUAGGGGAUGGCACUGCCAAGAAAGCCUAACAUGUUUGAUCUGGGCCUGGGCACGUGGAGCCUUAGCUCCCGAGAGGAGAACCAGAGGGCUCAGGCGCCCUCCAAGAGUGUCAGGAAGCAGUUGCCCGAGUACAAGGCGGUGGUGGUGGGCGCGAGUGGCGUGGGCAAGAGUGCACUCACCAUCCAGCUGAAUCACCAGUGCUUCGUGGAAGACCACGACCCCACGAUCCAGGAUUCCUACUGGAAGGAGGUGGCCCUGGGCCACGGGGGCUGCAUUCUGAAUGUGCUGGACACGGCGGGGCAGGCCACUCACAGGGCCCUGCGUGACCAGUGCGUGGCUAUUGGAGAUGGUGUGCUGGGUGUCUUUGCCCUGGAUGACCCCUCGUCUCUAGCCCAGUUGCAGCAGAUGCGGGCCACCUGGGGCCCUCGCCACACCCAGCCCCUCGUCCUUGUGGGCAACAAGUGUGACCUUGUGACCACCACCGGAGAUGCUCAUGCUGCAGCUGCCGCCCUCGCGAAGAGCUGGGGAGCCCCCUUCGUGGAAACUUCAGCCAAGACACGGCAAGGUGUAGAAGAGGCCUUUACCCUGCUCAUUCAUGAGAUUCAAAAGGUCCGGGAGGCCAUGGCAAAGGAGGCCAUGGCAGGGGCAAGUGGAGAUAAGAGCCGACACCAGAAGGCCAUGUGCCGCUGUGGCUGUUCCGUGGCCUGAAGCUCUUGGUCAAGAAAAGUGGCCUUCCCCCAGGCCAGGGUGGUGGUUCCUAGGCAUGAGAUCCCCAGAGCAACCAGCUGUGUGGGACACUGUUGGUGUGUUGGGAUAGAAGAAUCCCUCUAUUGGGGAGGUUUUCAUUUGGUGACGGGCAUUUGGGAAUGUGGGGCAUAGUAUCGGUUACUGGCAAGCUAAGAGAUUUUGUGCAAAAUUAAAUAAAUGGUGUUCUCAGGCUUCAAA